CGUCGCGUUGUGACGGACGAACGGCGACGUGCGGACGUUUGUCUAUGGAACAGUCGCUCGCGGCACGACAAGCUCGUAUUGAAUUUAUGAGAAACUAUUUCAUGUGUAGUGAAAUAAGAGAGAUUAUUAAAUUUCUCGCAUGAGAGUGAAUAAAAUAACCGUUUGAACAUGGCGUUGGAGGGUGUUAAAAGUGAUAAAAGUGAGGAAAACAACGGGAACGUCCCGGACGGCAAGGCGAAUGGGGUCGACAACAAAAGUAAACAGAUAGACCCGAACACAGCGUUCCUGCGAGCGGCGCGCGCCGGACAACUCGAAACCGUCGUCGACCUCCUCGACUCAGGGGCGGUCAAAGACAUCAACACUAGCAAUUCGAAUGGGCUUAACGCGCUACACUUGGCAGCUAAAGAUGGCCACAUCUCGGUGGUCGAGGAACUCCUUAAACGGGGAGCCAUCGUGGACGCAGCUACAAAGAAAGGCAACACAGCCCUACACAUAGCAUGCCUCGCGGGCCAAGAGCCAGUGGCGCGGGCGCUGCUCGGUGCCGGCGCCAAAGCAGAUGCUCAAUCCGCUGCUGGCUUCACUCCGUUAUACAUGGCCGCGCAAGAGAACCACGCUGGUUGUGUAAAGAUGCUGUUAGCUGCUGGCGCUAGUCAGACACUAGCCACUGAGGAUGGCUUCACCCCCUUAGCUGUGGCCAUGCAGCAGGGGCACGACCGCGUGGUAGCCGAGUUACUCGAAUCUGACACGAGGGGCAAAGUGCGCUUGCCCGCACUCCACAUUGCUGCCAAGAAGAACGAUGUUAAGGCCGCCACAUUAUUACUAGAAAACGAACACAACCCCGACGCCUGUUCCAAGUCCGGAUUCACACCGCUACACAUAGCCGCCCACUACGGAAACGUCGGUGUGGCUAAAGCUUUACUCGCCGCCGGUGCCGACUCAGGGCGGGCAGCUAAACAUAAUAUCACACCUCUACAUGUUGCCAGCAAAUGGGGACAGCUGGCUAUGGUCGAUUUAUUGGUAGAGAAUGGUGCAAACAUUGCCGCUGUUACGAGAGACGGCCUCACCCCGCUGCACUGCGCCGCGCGCUCCGGACACAGCAACGUCGUGUCGCGGCUGUUACAACAUGGAGCGCCUAUCACGAGCAAAACGAAGAACGGGCUAACGCCUCUCCACAUGUCCGUCCAAGGCGAACACGUAGAGACGGCGAGAGUCCUCCUUACCGAAGGUGCUCCUAUAGAUGACGUCACUGUAGAUUAUCUGACAGCUCUACAUGUUGCAGCUCAUUGUGGACACGUCAAAGUAGCCAAGCUGCUUCUCGACAGGAACGCAGACGCAAACGCCAGAGCUCUGAACGGAUUCACUCCAUUACACAUCGCCUGCAAGAAGAACAGGCUCAAGGUCGUUGAACUGCUGCUCAAAUAUGGUGCUAGUAAAUCGGCGACUACGGAAUCCGGCCUGACGCCCCUUCACGUGGCCUCGUUCAUGGGCUGCAUGAACAUCGCCUUGGUGCUAGUGGGAGCGGGAGCGGAGGCGGACGCAUGCACGGCGCGCGGUGAAACGCCCUUGCAUCUGGCCGCUAGGGCGCACCAGACCGACCUAGUGCGAGUGCUACUGCGGAACAACGCUAAGGUGGAAGCCCGAGCCCGCGAGGAGCAGACCCCGCUGCACGUGGCGGCGCGCCUCGGGCACGGCGACAUCGCGGCGCUGCUGCUGCAGCACGGCGCCGACGUCGCCGCGGCCACCAAGGACCAUUACACGCCGCUACACAUUGCGGCUAAAGAAGGCAAAGAAGAAGUAGCCUCCAUCCUACUCGACAACAACGCACCAAUCGAAGCCGAGACCCGCAAAGGUUUCACACCCCUGCACCUCGCGGCCAAGUAUGGCGACAUCGGAGUAGCCAGGCUCCUACUCGCCAGGGGCGCGCAACCUGACGCGCCAGGGAAGAGCCACAUCACACCUUUACACAUGGCUACUUACUAUGGACAUCCAGAUAUCGCGCUGCUACUGUUGGAUAAAGGCGCCUCGCCGCACUCGCUCGCGAAGAACGGCCACUCGGCGCUCCACAUCGCCUGUCGACACAACCAUCCCGACAUCGCGUUCGCGCUGCUCGAACAUGACGCGGACCCGAGCGUGAAGUCUAAGGCUGGGUUCACGCCUCUACAUAUGGCGGCCCAAGAAGGGCAUGAAGACUGCGUCGAGAUGCUCAUAGAGAGGGGAGCUGAUGUCAACGUGCCGGCCAGCAAUGGGCUGACGCCGGUGCACCUGGCCGCGUCGGAGGGCCGCACGGCCGUGCUGCGGGCGCUGCUGGGCGCGGGCGGGCGCUGCGGCGCGCGCACGCGGGACGGCUACACGCCGCUGCACGCCGCCGCGCACCACGGCCACCACGCCGCGGCCCGGGCGCUGGUGGAAGCGGGCGCCGAUGUUACGGCGAGAGCGCAACAUGGGUUCACUCCGCUGCACCAAGCGUCGCAGCAAGGCCACACCCUCAUCAUUCAGCUGCUGCUCAAGAGUAAUGCUGAUCCGAACGCACUCUCUGCUAACGGGCAGACGGCGUGCGCCAUCGCCGACCGUCUGGGAUACAUCAGCGCCGUGGAGGCCCUGCGUCCAGUCACCGAGAACACUCUCAGCCAAGCCGUCGGUGAUACUGGUGGCUUGGAGGGCAAAUACCGAGUGGCUGCGCCAGAGCUCAUGCAGGACACCUUCAUGAGCGAUUCCGAAGACGAAGGAGGAGAAGUCGAGUGUCCAAUCCAGCAGCAGCAGCAAUACCGCUACAUGAACAGCGAAGCGGGCACCCUGCACCGGGCGCGGCCCCUCGAGGACUCCGUCACGGACGGUCACCUCUACCCCAGCAACAAUGACAAGAAAGUGGCUACCAUCGACAGACAGCCACUCGACAUUGGAUUCCUGGUGUCGUUCGUGGUGGACGCGCGCGGCGGGGCCAUGAAGGCCAAGCGGCGCGGUGGCGUGCGCAUCGUCGUCCCGCCCGCCGCGUGUGCGGCCCCUACCCGAGUUACAUGCCGAGCGGCGACGCGACGCGCGCCGGCCGCGGCGCCGCCGCCGCUCAUGGAGGGCGAGGCGCUGGCGUCGCGCCUGCUGGAGCUGCAGCCGCAGGGCGCCAAGUUCUUGGCGCCAGUAAUAAUCGAGGUGCCUAUCUUCACAUCAUCGUGCAAAGAGCGCGAGAUCGUCAUCCUACGAUCAGACACCGGCGACACGUGGCAGGACCACUACCUGCACAAUAAUGACAACCCUAUGAUACAGGAAGCGUUGCAUCGCGAGCGACUUGAACACGGCACUUCUGGCGAAACAUUGGGCGAAAAUGGCGAACGAGUGACCAGAAUAAUCACUUGCGACUUCCCGCAUUACUUGGCUGUCGUAUCCCGCGUACGACAAGAAGUGCACAUCAUCGGGCCCGAGGGAGGCACUGUGUCCAGCUCACAUAUACCACAGGUCCAAGCGCUGUUCCCUCCGCAAGCGCUCACAAAACGCAUCCGCGUGGGCGUGCAGGCGCACGGAGCCCCGGCGGCGCUGUGCCGGCGCGCGCUGCCCAGACACGUGGCCGUGGCGCCCGUCAUCACCGUGGAGCCGCGCCGGAGGAAGUUCCAUCGCUCCAUCACGCUCACGUCCCCGCUGCCCAAGACCGAGGUACAUACAAUAUCUACAUACAUCGGUGCACCAGCUGCCCUGUGCCGGCGCGCGCUGCCCAGACACGUGGCCGUGGCGCCCGUCAUCACCGUGGAGCCGCGCCGGAGGAAGUUCCAUCGCUCCAUCACGCUCACGUCCCCGCUGCCCAAGACCGAGGUACAUACAAUAUCUACAUACAUCGGUGCACCAGCUGCCCUGUGCCGGCGCGCGCUGCCCAGACACGUGGCCGUGGCGCCCGUCAUCACCGUGGAGCCGCGCCGGAGGAAGUUCCAUCGCUCCAUCACGCUCACGUCCCCGCUGCCCAAGACCGAGGUACAUACAAUAUCUACAUACAUCGGUGCACCAGCUGCCCUGUGCCGGCGCGCGCUGCCCAGACACGUGGCCGUGGCGCCCGUCAUCACCGUGGAGCCGCGCCGGAGGAAGUUCCAUCGCUCCAUCACGCUCACGUCCCCGCUGCCCAAGACCGAGGUACAUACAAUAUCUACAUACAUCGGUGCACCAGCUGCCCUGUGCCGGCGCGCGCUGCCCAGACACGUGGCCGUGGCGCCCGUCAUCACCGUGGAGCCGCGCCGGAGGAAGUUCCAUCGCUCCAUCACGCUCACGUCCCCGCUGCCCAAGACCGAGGUACAUACAAUAUCUACAUACAUCGGUGCACCAGCUGCCCUGUGCCGGCGCGCGCUGCCCAGACACGUGGCCGUGGCGCCCGUCAUCACCGUGGAGCCGCGCCGGAGGAAGUUCCAUCGCUCCAUCACGCUCACGUCCCCGCUGCCCAAGACCGAGGUACAUACAAUAUCUACAUACAUCGGUGCACCAGCUGCCCUGUGCCGGCGCGCGCUGCCCAGACACGUGGCCGUGGCGCCCGUCAUCACCGUGGAGCCGCGCCGGAGGAAGUUCCAUCGCUCCAUCACGCUCACGUCCCCGCUGCCCAAGACCGAGGUACAUACAAUAUCUACAUACAUCGGUGCACCAGCUGCCCUGUGCCGGCGCGCGCUGCCCAGACACGUGGCCGUGGCGCCCGUCAUCACCGUGGAGCCGCGCCGGAGGAAGUUCCAUCGCUCCAUCACGCUCACGUCCCCGCUGCCCAAGACCGAGGUACAUACAAUAUCUACAUACAUCGGUGCACCAGCUGCCCUGUGCCGGCGCGCGCUGCCCAGACACGUGGCCGUGGCGCCCGUCAUCACCGUGGAGCCGCGCCGGAGGAAGUUCCAUCGCUCCAUCACGCUCACGUCCCCGCUGCCCAAGACCGAGGUACAUACAAUAUCUACAUACAUCGGUGCACCAGCUGCCCUGUGCCGGCGCGCGCUGCCCAGACACGUGGCCGUGGCGCCCGUCAUCACCGUGGAGCCGCGCCGGAGGAAGUUCCAUCGCUCCAUCACGCUCACGUCCCCGCUGCCCAAGACCGAGGUACAUACAAUAUCUACAUACAUCGGUGCACCAGCUGCCCUGUGCCGGCGCGCGCUGCCCAGACACGUGGCCGUGGCGCCCGUCAUCACCGUGGAGCCGCGCCGGAGGAAGUUCCAUCGCUCCAUCACGCUCACGUCCCCGCUGCCCAAGACCGAGGUACAUACAAUAUCUACAUACAUCGGUGCACCAGCUGCCCUGUGCCGGCGCGCGCUGCCCAGACACGUGGCCGUGGCGCCCGUCAUCACCGUGGAGCCGCGCCGGAGGAAGUUCCAUCGCUCCAUCACGCUCACGUCCCCGCUGCCCAAGACCGAGGUACAUACAAUAUCUACAUACAUCGGUGCACCAGCUGCCCUGUGCCGGCGCGCGCUGCCCAGACACGUGGCCGUGGCGCCCGUCAUCACCGUGGAGCCGCGCCGGAGGAAGUUCCAUCGCUCCAUCACGCUCACGUCCCCGCUGCCCAAGACCGAGGUACAUACAAUAUCUACAUACAUCGGUGCACCAGCUGCCCUGUGCCGGCGCGCGCUGCCCAGACACGUGGCCGUGGCGCCCGUCAUCACCGUGGAGCCGCGCCGGAGGAAGUUCCAUCGCUCCAUCACGCUCACGUCCCCGCUGCCCAAGACCGAGGUACAUACAAUAUCUACAUACAUCGGUGCACCAGCUGCCCUGUGCCGGCGCGCGCUGCCCAGACACGUGGCCGUGGCGCCCGUCAUCACCGUGGAGCCGCGCCGGAGGAAGUUCCAUCGCUCCAUCACGCUCACGUCCCCGCUGCCCAAGACCGAGGUACAUACAAUAUCUACAUACAUCGGUGCACCAGCUGCCCUGUGCCGGCGCGCGCUGCCCAGACACGUGGCCGUGGCGCCCGUCAUCACCGUGGAGCCGCGCCGGAGGAAGUUCCAUCGCUCCAUCACGCUCACGUCCCCGCUGCCCAAGACCGAGGUACAUACAAUAUCUACAUACAUCGGUGCACCAGCUGCCCUGUGCCGGCGCGCGCUGCCCAGACACGUGGCCGUGGCGCCCGUCAUCACCGUGGAGCCGCGCCGGAGGAAGUUCCAUCGCUCCAUCACGCUCACGUCCCCGCUGCCCAAGACCGAGGUACAUACAAUAUCUACAUACAUCGGUGCACCAGCUGCCCUGUGCCGGCGCGCGCUGCCCAGACACGUGGCCGUGGCGCCCGUCAUCACCGUGGAGCCGCGCCGGAGGAAGUUCCAUCGCUCCAUCACGCUCACGUCCCCGCUGCCCAAGACCGAGGUACAUACAAUAUCUACAUACAUCGGUGCACCAGCUGCCCUGUGCCGGCGCGCGCUGCCCAGACACGUGGCCGUGGCGCCCGUCAUCACCGUGGAGCCGCGCCGGAGGAAGUUCCAUCGCUCCAUCACGCUCACGUCCCCGCUGCCCAAGACCGAGGUACAUACAAUAUCUACAUACAUCGGUGCACCAGCUGCCCUGUGCCGGCGCGCGCUGCCCAGACACGUGGCCGUGGCGCCCGUCAUCACCGUGGAGCCGCGCCGGAGGAAGUUCCAUCGCUCCAUCACGCUCACGUCCCCGCUGCCCAAGACCGAGGUACAUACAAUAUCUACAUACAUCGGUGCACCAGCUGCCCUGUGCCGGCGCGCGCUGCCCAGACACGUGGCCGUGGCGCCCGUCAUCACCGUGGAGCCGCGCCGGAGGAAGUUCCAUCGCUCCAUCACGCUCACGUCCCCGCUGCCCAAGACCGAGAAUGGACCCCACGACAAGCAAUCCACCUCAACCCUCCGACUGCUGUGUUCCAUCAUGGGUGGACAGGCGCGCGCCGUAUGGGAGGACGUCACUGGUUCCACGCCAUUGACUGUUACUGAUGACUGCGGAUCGUUCACUACUACCGUCUCGGCCAGGUUCUGGUUGAUGAACUGUCAAAACGUCAGCGAUGCCACCAAGCUAGCGACGGAACUUUAUAAGGAGAUGUUGUUGGUGCCCUUCGAGGUCCGCAUCGUGGUGCUGGGCAAGCGGCUGGACGCGCUGGAAGGCAGGCUGCUGGUGCUGUACAUCACCGAUAGAUACGCGUACGAGACUCUGCUGCAGCAGGAGCACUACACGGAGGUGGCGCACUCGACGUCAGUCAAGUUCCUGGACAGCAAGGAGGUGUACCUGGAGUUCAGCGGGAACCUGGUGCCCGUCACCAAGUCCGGCUCCCAGCCCAUGUUCAAGUUCGAGGCAUUCAAAGACAACCGCGUGGAGUUCCCGGUGCGAGUGAAGCACCCCGAGGAGAGCUCCUCCGGACGUAUUUACUUCAUGAACGAACCUAAGGUGCCGAAGGGCGAGCAGUCCCAGACGCCGGCGUGCGUGCUGGACGUGGAGCUGCCGGAGAGGAGGGCGCCGCGCGCCGGCAAGAGCCAGGCCGACUGCCUCAACCUCGACCAGUCCGGUUUCGACGCCCUGAAGGACGAGCUGAGCUUCCACAGCUGGGACCACCACCACCACGGGCCCAUCGCGCCGCCGCCGCCGCCGCCGCUUAAUGGGCACACGGACGACGAUUUAAUUAUAACGAAUGGCGACGUGAAAUAUCCUACCAAGGACUCCGAAGAUACCGUCAUCAAGCCACAACCCAACGGUGACACCAAUCAUGUCGACUCAAACAAAGUCAAAGCCACGUUCGACUCCGAUGAGGACAAAACUCCCAUGAACACCCUCGAAAAAGGCGACAAGGAGAAGGGCAAGAAGAAGGAGGGCUUCCUCGGCGGCCUCGCCGACAAGGUCAAACACGUCUUCAGCCACAGCCAGGACGAGGACGACAAAGACUCCCCCAAACCCAAACCUAGAGAGUCCAAAGAAAAAAGCCCACCGAAACAAAAGAAAGACAAAAACUCACCAAAACGAGAAGAUAAGGAUAAGAGCCCGCCUAAACAACAGAAAGAAAAGACUCCUAAACCCGAAGAAAAAGAAAAGACACCACCCAAACCUGCCCCUAGACUCAUAAGCGAAGAUCUACUUGAAAAAGUCGAUGAUAUAUUCAAGGAUCUCAAAACGAAACCUCACCAAAAGGAAAAGGAGGAAGAUCUCAACAGUGAAGUGUACACAACCCGUCUAGUUGUCGAUGAAGAUAGACCGGCAAACUUACAAAAUAUUACCGAAGAAGUGUACGAGCAAUAUGCUAACAUGCAGCCGGUAGAAACCCCCAUGCAAAUCCCCAAGAAAGAUCCCUUCGCUUACCCUACAGUAUGCUGCGAUGGCCCCAAGGGACCCAAACAUAGUCACGAAGAAACCUCUACCUUACUCGACCAAAUUGAGCAAGCUAAAUUCGCCGCACAUGAAAAGUUACAUGACGUUGGUGACAAAGUACAAAGCAAUGUGGAUGAAGGUGCUGCUAAGUUGGGACAAGAAAAAGAGAAGUUGCAUCGUCAAGUCUCUGAAUUAAAAGACGAUUUAAUCAUCAAAGAAGAAAACUUCAUAAAGAGUGCUAAGGAUCACGCUAAUGAUGCCAAACACGCAACUGAAGACGGUGUUAACAAGCUCGUGGAAUCCGCGCAUAUAGCUCACGAUGACAUUAACGCUAAGGCUGCGGCUGCUGAGUCGAAUAUUGACAACGAAUUUGACAACCUUAAGUCCUCAACAUACGAUGCUUAUGAGAAUGUCGCUUUUGCUGUAGGAGAUACUAAAAAUAAUUUGAUAAACAAAGCUCAUACAUUGGAUUUCCUUGCGCAAGAACAAGCGGAAGAGAUAAAGAAUAGGGGACAUGAGCAGAUGUCACAAAUCGGACAAAAGGCGAAAGAAGGCGCCAAUGCUGUCAGCGACACCUUCCACGCAGUACAAGAUAAUGUUAACCACAAAGCUCAGGAACUUAAAGCAGGUGCUAAAGAAACUGCCGAUAAUAUAAAAGACAAAACGAACGAAAAAUUACACGACCUUGGUGAAUCGAUAGACAGCGCUAAAGAAAAAGCCGAAGAUACCGCUGCAGAUCUUAAGUCCAAAGCUGGAAAAGAAAAGGACAAAGCGAAAAAAGAAGCUAAGAAAGCUAAGAAGGAAGGCAAGAGCUUUAUUACUGGCCUAGUAAGCAACAUUUUCGGUGAGAAAGAAAAAAUUGAAAAGGAAGUGAAAGGAAAAGUUGCUGAAGGAAAAGAUGCAGCUAACAAUUUGUUAGAUGAAGCGUCGGCUAAAAAAGAUGAAAUCAAGGAAGCUGUGGAACAUAAACACGAGGAACUAAAAGAUGGCGCUAACCGCUUAGCUGAAAAUGUAAACGAAAAAGCUAAGGAAGCUGAAAAGGCCGUUCAUGAUAAGAAAGAUGAACUACAAAAAGCGGCACAUGACAAAAAGGAAGAAGUUAAACAUGCGGCCCAUGAAGUCGGUGAUGCUAUCCACAGUAAAACACAAGAGGUAAGUCAGGCCAUCCACGACAAGAAAGAAGAGGUCGGUAAAGCUGUAAAUGACAAAAAGGAAGAAAUCGCUAACGCUGUCCAAGAUACUACGGAACAGGUUGGCAAAUCUAUUAGUGAUAAAAAGAAAGAAGUCGGGCAGGCUAUUCAUGACAAAAAGGAAGCAAUCCACGACAAGGCAGAAGAGGUUGGCAAAGCUAUUCACGAUAAGACGCAGGAGGUUUCUAGUGCGGUGCAUGACAAGGCUAACGAAGUAAACACGGCUAUUCACGAUAAGACACACCAAGUUGGCUCAGCAAUCCAUGAUAAGAAGGAACAGGUUUCACACGCUGCCGACGAAUUCGGCCAGGCUGUUCACGACAAAACACAAGACUUUUCGACUGCUGUUCAUGAUAAGGCACACGAAGUUGGCUCAGCUAUCCAUGAUAAGAAGGAACAGGUUUCACAGGCUGCCCACGAAUUCGGCCAAGCUGUUCACAAUAAAACACAAGACGUUUCGACUGCUGUUCAUGAUAAGGCGCACGAAGUUGGCUCAGCUAUCCAUGAUAAGAAGGAACAGGUUUCACAGGCUGCCCACGAAUUCGGCCAGGCUGUUCAUGACAAAACACAAGACGUUUCGACUGUUGUUCGUGAUAAGGCGCACGGAGUUGGCUCAGCUAUCCAUGAUAAGAAGGAACAGGUUUCACACGCUGCCCACGAAUUCGGCCAGGCUGUUAACGACAAAACACAAGACUUUUCGAAUGCUGUUCAUGAUAAGGCGCACGAAGUUGGCUCAGCUAUCCAUGAUAAGAAGGAACAGGGUUCACAGGCUGCCCACGAAUUCGGCCAGGCUGUUCAUGACAAAACACAAGACGUUUCGACUGCUGUUCGUGAUAAGGCGCACGAAGUUGGCUCAGCUAUACAUGAUAAGAAGGAAGAAGUUUCACAUGCUGCUCACGAAUUCGGUCAAGCUGUUCACGACAAAACGCAAGAAGUUUCAAAUGCAGUUCAUAAUAAAGCGCAUGAUGUUGGGUCAGCCAUUCAGGACAAAACAGAUGAAGCCAAGCAUGCACUACAAAACAAAGCAUCAGAACUAGGAAACACAAUGCACGACAAAAAGGAAUCUAUAGAAAAUGCUAUCCAUGACAAGAAAGCACAAGUACAAAAUGUUACAGAAUCAGAAAUGGACAGAAUAAGACAAACCGCCGAACAAACCACUGAACAAAUCAAGAAAUCAGCCGAAGAUACAAUCAACGCCGCUGCUGACAAAAAAACAGAAUUACAAGCAAAUCUGUCAAAUAAAUUCGACGACCUACAAAAGCAAGGGCACGAUGAACUACAACACAUCCAAAACGCCGCAAGCGACAAGGUUGGCGAUCUACAGCAGACGUCUAAAAACGCGUUCGACCACGUUCAAGACUCGGCCUUAAGUACUUUCGAUAGAGUCGAAAGUUCAGCUAAGGACAAAGUGAGCGACGCGAAAGACCAAUGGGAAGAUUUGCAGAGUUCCACCAGAGAUACUUAUGCUGAUUUCAGAGAUGACGUUCACGGUUUGGAAAAUUCUGCGCAAGACACGCUCUAUAGCUUCCAAAGUUCUGCUGGAAACACGUUUGAUAGCUUGGAUGAUUCGGCGAAGGAAUUCUUGGGUGGUGUUCAAAGUUCGACGCAAAGUUUCGAGAAUAAUUCUAAGGAGCUAUUCGGUGAUAUGAAGGAGUCUUUUGAGGGCUUCCAAGUGUCGGCUGAAAACCAGUUGGAGGAUGUGAAAGGGGCUGCAAAGCAGAGGUUGGAGGUUACUAAGGGUGCGGCGGCGGAGAGGCUAGAGGAUGUUAGUGAGAGGCUCGAGGGGGUGAAGGAGGGCGCGAAGGAGGGAGGACAGGCGGUGACGGACGCGGUGGUCAACGAAACGGAUAAAUUUACGAGCAGUCUUAACGAUUUGGGCAACUCUGUAUUUGGAUCUUCAGGCAAAGGUUUCAUGAAGGAUUCCAGCACAAAAUUAUUAGAAUCGGAGAAAGCGCAGUCCUCGCCCUCACCACACAAAAAGGGCUCAGGUUUUUUCUCCAAGCUACGGCGCAGUCCGUGAAGGCGACCAAUAGCAUCACUCCGCGGUUUUGAAACGAAAGGCGAUUGGCGGAUGGAUAGAAUGUAAACUUUAAGUACAUUUUUAUUAGAUAGGGGUAUUCUGCUUUAGACGUGUUGGCCCUUCCUUCCUGUAAGCUUCUAUAGAUCUAAGGAGACGUAUACAGUAAUUUGUAUUUCACUAACAAUUUGGGUUACAUUACUGUUAAUAUGUAAUAUUAUGUUCAGCCAUUGUUAUCGAUUCAAUAAGAGCGAAAAUAAAAUGUUAAAAAUAAUAGCGGUGGUAUGGUUACUUGUUAGAAUAUUGUAUCAAUAGAGUUUUACAGCUAUCGUGAUAGGUGAUAGUUUACCAAAUGUUUUUGUAACAUUUUCAUGAUAUAGCAACUUGAAAAGUUACCUAUAAAUGUUACAAAUGAAUUUGGACGGUUUAUCGUUGAAGUGUUCAAAAAUGUAACCUGCCAUUGGGUUUUAAAUAAGUUGGAUGUUUUAUAGCGUUGAAUUUUAUAGGGUAGAUAUGGUUUAAGCAGAAUCGAAUACCUUGCCUUAAUCGUCAAUAGCCGGAGGUGAUAAGCCAAUACACACCAGACACGUAAAGUAGCACGGCUGGUUACAAUGUAUGGAAUUCUAUGACACAUGUCACAUUGUAUAUGUAGGUAUAUUGGUAACAUGAUGCGUCGGUCAUACCUUUAAGUAAUAUCAUACAGUAUAUACUCAGGGAGAGGAGCCGUGUUACACUUACGUGUUGUGGGCGGGAAUUAUGUUAGUUGGGGUCAAUGGGGGAGCACUCGAUUUCGACAAUGACUUUUGGAAUUGGCUUUAAAUUAAAAUAAUCGUUGCGGUGUCGUGUAAAACAACAACUAAACUUCACAGAAUACACACAGCAAAUGGUUCAUUUUCUUGCAACUUUUAUACUUUAAUAAGACUACCAGUUGCCUUUACUCCCUCGACAAUAGCAAUUUAUUUCCCGCCUAUAAGAGUUUAAAUUGGUGUCUUAAUGUUUUUUUUGUAUUGUGGAUGUGUUAAGUGCACACAAGUGUGCGGUGUGUCACAAGGAUGUUAUUUGUUCUUAUGGGUGCUUGGACGGUGGCCACAACUAAUCUUUAAAUAAAUAUAAUCUUACCGUGGGACAAUGCAAGUAUACUGUAGUAAGAGAUAAAACUUAUAAAGGUUUCUUUUUUAUGUGAUCUAUUUCGAAACGCUCAGCGAGCUCACUAGAUGGCGUUAUAACUUAUAAUGUACACGCAUCACAAAAAUGGAUUUCAAUUAAAAUUACUGGGUAGUCGGACGAUAAAGAUUUUAAACUGCAUUCUUAUUGUAGAAACAAGAAUAAGUUGCCACCUAUAACCUGAUUACUUCUCGCUGCAAAUGCAUUUUAUUUCUUUAAAAUAAUUUGUGUAUCCCUUCCUCUGCUAUUAGGCUUUUUCCAUGAACACGAGAUUUUAGAUUACUAGCAUUGUCCCGCUGUAUUUAGUAAAGUAAUAACUAUAGCGUUAAAUUCAUACUUAUCACAACUCACUAAUCUACAUUAUAGCGCACCGAUCAUAAACGACUAAACGUAUACCUACUAUUUUACGAUAAAGCUAUUAUUUUAGACGGUACGUCAUUAAAUAGGCGUAGUAUAAAGUUAUAUCGUUUUAUAUGAUUGGAAAGCAUUUGUCUAUUCUCGUAAGGCCCAAGCAAACCUAUUUUGUCCGUAGAAAAUUCGCAAAAUUCGUAAUUUCUAUGAGAUUGAAUCUUCGAAUCCCUAUUUUUUAUUUAUUAGCCACCUUUUUCUGCUGACAAUAGGGUUUGUUAGACUAUAUUUCAGGCCGUUUAAUAUAGCUCAGUGACCUAAAUAAGGUAAUUUUACCAUUUUAGCUUAAAUUGAAUACGAUUUAUAUUAAUGAAAAUAGUUGUCCUAAAAGGCUAUUGUAAUCAGAGACCUUUCGUGAUAAUAAAUUUCGCCUGAAAUAUCAAAAUUAAUUUCAAUACCAUAGGGAAAUACUUCAAUUAUUUUUAUUUGCUUGGUGCGAAGAAUAUACUAUAAAAUAACUAAAUUCAAAGAUACAUCGUGUUACCAAUGGCAACGCAUGCAAGUAAAUUCGCCUUAUAAUAAUCGUUUAGCACCAGUCUCACAUUUUGAACUUCUCUUACUUUUUAAAUAUUAUGAUUUCUAUAAAUAAUGUAAUGCAGCGACAUCUCUAGCCAAUUUUUGUAACUACAAUAAUAUAUAUCGAGUUGGAUCGCGGUACCUCAUUGUGACGCACGCAACGCACGCAAGUCAAGAGGGUGGGUUAUAAUGUUGUGUACCUCGAUCGAGUAUUUUUAAAAGUCGAGGCUUCUAUAAUAAUUAGAAAUUUUACCGAGUCUUUAAGACUCUUGAGGCACAACACUACGGGCAGUCCCUAGAAAAAAAAUUCUUGAUUGUGUGUUCUUGUUACACUGUGGGCUAUCGUUGAAAAACUGGUUUCACAUUUUUAUAGGCCGAGAGGUCUCGUGUACUGGGCGCGAUGCGUAUUCAUUUUAAAAUAUAGUAAAAUUUUGGAAAUACUGUGAUGCCAAAAUAUUAUGAAUAUUAUGUGUAAAGUUAAAUAGAUUUUUGUUAAUUUAUGAAUAGAGUUUAUCUUCAGUCUAUUUAUUGCUUUUAGUAAUAAAUAUAAUUCCGAAAA